GUUCUAUAAAUACAGUAUUUCUCUUCUCCAUUAAACACUAGUCUCUGUGACAAACCAAAGUUUUCCUUUCCGGUCCUGCACUACUACUCUUCGAGUAUUCUUCUCUGUUUCCUCCACUAUGGCUGUAGUUACUAGGGUUCUUGUUAUUGCUUCUCUACUUGCCCUCUCUCUUCUCCUUCUUCAGGUCGUUGAGGCUGAUCAAGUGCAAAGCACCAACGCCCAGACUCCCCUUUCUCCCACCAUAGAUUGUGGGGCGGCAUGUGCAGCGAGGUGUGGGGAAUCGAAGAGGCCUAGACUCUGCAAAAGGUCUUGUGGGAGUUGCUGCUUCCGAUGCCAAUGUGUACCUCCAGGCACCUCCGGCAACUACGAAGCUUGUCCCUGUUACGCCGCCAUCACCACCCACGGCAACAAACGCAAAUGCCCUUAAUUGAUUCAAACCCCACCCCAACCACACCCAAAACAAUUUUUUUUCUUCUUUUCUUUCUAGUUAGUGUCAAUGCUGGUUUUCAAUUUUAUUUAAUUUUAAUGGAAAGUGUUAUUAUCUUGUGAA